GGCAUUCAGCGUGCUGCCUAGGCGACGGGCUGGAUGAUUCGAAAUGAGGAGGGGGGGAGCGAUAUUCCUGAGUUCAUAACCUUAAAAAAAAAAAAAAAAAAGCCGCGGAAUCUCCUCGUGUUCCCCCGCUCCUCGGUGAGAGUGGACCAGCCUAGAGAGUCAAGGCUUGCGGAGCACCCCGAACUUCCAGGAGCCCUGGGCUUCCACAUCCCGAUCGCCGCUCUCGGGGGCCGACAGUUCUCCCAAAGAAGCCAGCUGGGGAGACGGUGGGCUCGGGCAGUAGAGAUGAAACGGAAGAAGAUAUAACAAAUCUUCAAAAUGGAAAACUUUAUUCUUUAUGAAGAGAUCGGAAAAGGAAGCAAGACUGUUGUUUAUAAAGGACGGAGGAAAGGAACAAUUAACUUUGUAGCCAUUCUUUGCACAGAUAAAUGCAAAAGGCCUGAAAUAACUAACUGGGUUCGCCUGACACAUGAAAUUAAACACAAGAAUAUAGUCACUUUUCAUGAGUGGUACGAAACCAGCAAUCAUCUCUGGCUUGUUGUAGAACUAUGUACAGGUGGUUCCUUAGAACUGGUUAUUGCUCAAGAUGAACACCUCCCUGAAGAUGUAGUGAGAGAAUUUGGGAUUGACUUGGUGACUGGAUUACAUCAUAUUCAUAAACUUGGAAUUCUCUUCUGUGAUCUUUCUCCUGGGAAGAUUCUCUUGGAAGGGCCUGGCACACUGAAAUUCAGUAAUUUUAGCUUGGCCAAAGCAGAAGGUGAAAAUUUGGAAGAGUUCUUUGCUUUGGUGGCCUCAGAAGAAGGUGCAGGUGAUGGUGAGACCCUAACAAGAAGAUGUAUGAGAAGCCGAGUCAAAGGUUCUCCUAUCUACACUGCUCCAGAAGUUAUAAGGGGGAUGGACUUCUCCAUAGCAAGUGAUCUCUGGUCUUUGGGUUGUCUGCUUUAUGAAAUGUUUUCAGGAAGACCGCCAUUCUUCUCAGAAAGUUUUUCUUCCUUGGUUGAACAGAUUUUAUAUCAAGAUUUUUUGCCACCUAUACCAAAAGAUAAUGUUCUUCCUGAAGCAUCAUCUGAAUUUGCUAGUUUACUUAAUGGAUUGCUUCAAAAGGAGCCUCAAAAAAGAUUGUCUUGGACAGAAGUAUUACAGCAUCCCUUUUGGAAGGAAGCUUUCAAGAAAGAAGAUCAUGAUUCUCCAAAUACUCAAGAUGCCAACUUUAAAAAAAUCAUGGAAUGCUCUUUAGCUGAAGAAUGUGAAGAGCUGUUGUCAAGCAGCAUGGAGAACGUCCAGACUUCUGGGUUGAAUAUCAGCCAACAGUUUAACAGGUCUUUUAAACUAGAAAAUCCAGCUGAAUUGCGGCCCAAGAGUGCUCUUGGAUGUGGUCAGUUGAAUGAAUCUAUAUUUCUUCUCAGUUCUCGCCCCACUCCUAGAACCAGCACCGCAGUGGGAUUGAUACAUUCUGAUAUUGUAAUCCAUAAGCCAUACCAUCAGCCUUCUUCUUUUACAGAGAUGAAGAGUCCAUAUUUAUCUCAGCAGGACAUAGAGGCCAAAAUGAAGGAACUCAUCUAUACUGAUGCUGACCUUGUUGUGACUCCAAUAAUUGAUAAUCCAAAGAUAAUGAAACAUCCACCCAUCAGAUUUGAUGUGAAAAUCCUUCAUUUACCAGCAUAUUCAGCGGAGAAGUUAGUAUUUUUAAAGGAAGCCGACUGGCAAGACUUUUUACAACAAGUUUGUACCCAGCUUGACACCGGGGAGAAGAGCACGGCUGCCUCCCGGGCCAAACUCAAUCUGCUUUGCUAUCUGUGCACUAUCGCCAACCACAAGGAGCUGGCUGGGAAGCUCAUCCACUCGCAGCUGAUGCCAAUGCUCAUCCAGCAGCUCCGAGCAGCUCCAAAUUGGGAUAUACGGGCCAAGGUUGCCCGAGUGAUCGGUUUGCUGGCAUCUCAUACAACUGAAGUGCAAGAAAAUGUGCCUGUCACAGAGGCAGUUACUCUCUUAACUGAACUAAUUAGGGAAAACUUCAGGAACAGCAAAUUAAAACAGUGCCUUUUACCGACCCUUGGGGAGCUGAUCUACCUUGUAGCCAGUCAGGAAGAAAAAAAAGAGCACCCUAGAGAAUCCUGGGUCAUUCCCUUGGCUGCUUACACUGUGCUAAUGAGAUGCCUUCGGGAAGGGGAAGAACGUAUUGUGAAUCAUAUGGCAGCAAAGAUUAUUGAGAAUGUCUGUACUACCUUCUCUGUACAAGCCCAGGGCUUUAUUACAGGGGAAAUUGGACCGGUUUUAUGGUACCUCUUCAAGCAUUCCACUAUAGACUCACUACGGAUAACGGCUAUUUCGGCCCUGUGCAGGAUCACGCGUCACUCCCCCAACGCUUUCCAGAAUGUGAUUGAGAAGGUGGGCUUGACGUCAGUCAUCAACUCCCUGGCGUCUGCCAUCUGCAAAGUGCAGCAGUACAUGCUGACCUUGUUCACCGCCAUGUUGUCCUGCGGAAUCCACCUGCAGAGGCUCAUUCAGGAAAAGGACUUUGUUACUACAGUAAUCCGUCUGUUUGACAGUCCUUCAACUUCCAUUCGAGCGAAAGCUUUUCUGGUCCUUUUAUAUAUUUUGAUUCAUAACCGAGAGAUGUUGCUUCUCAGUUGCCAAGCAAGACUGGUGAUGUACAUUGAAAGAGACAGCAGAAAGGCCACCCCAGGAAAGGAGCAGCAAAGCGGCAACGAGUACCUGUCAAAAUGCCUGGAUCUUCUCAUCUAUCACAUUGUGCAGGAACUGCCAGGAAUUCUGGGUGAUGUUCUCAAUGCAUUGGCUAAUGUUUCUGGCCGCAAACACCCAUCAACAGUACAGGUUAAGCAACUGAAGAUCUGUCUUCCAAUGAUGCCUGUAGUGCUUCACCUUGUGACCUCACAGGUAUUCCGCCCCCAAGUUGUAACUGAGGAGUUUCUUUUCAGCUGUGGGACUUUGCUUAAUCAUAUUAAGUCUAUAGACUCAGGAGAGACCAAUAUAGAUGGAGCCAUAGGUCCAACAGCAUCGGAAGAAUUGAUCAAAAUUACUUUAUUAGCUUUUGAAGCAGUAACGCAACACCCAGUCUUGCUGACAUAUUUUCGUUCUACGGUUGUGGACUAUAUCCUCCCGCCUUUGGUCUCUUUGGUCCAGAGUCAGAAUGUGGAAUGGAGACUCUUCAGUUUGCGGUUGUUGUCAGAGACCACGUCAUUGCUUGUAAGCCACGAGGUUGUGGCGGAGGAGAAGGAGGAGACCAUGGAUUCCAACACCAAGCUUCUGUCUCUGAUUAGAGAUGUUCUGCUCCCCCAGUAUGAGCAUGUCCUUAUGGAACCUGACCCUGUACCAGCAUAUGCUCUGAAACUGCUAGUAGCUAUGACAGAACAUAAUCCAGCUUUUACCAGCCUUGUUGAAGAAAGCAAACUGAUCCCAGUUCUUUUUGAAGUAAUUCUGGAACACCAGGAAAGCAUCCUGGGCAACACUAUGCAGAGUGUCAUUGCCCUACUCAACAAUCUGGUUGCCUACAAAGACUCAAAUAUGAAGCUGUUCUAUGAACAAGGGUUGGUCCGCCACAUAUGCAACCUUUUAAUUGAAACAUCAACCCUGUACCUGGACAUAGACAAUAAAAGCAACAUCAAGACUGCAAACUCAAUGCUGUUUUCCCUGCUUGACAUCUUACACUGCAUGCUCAUGUACACCUCAAAUAUUGUUCGGCUGACUCUACAGGCCCAGAAGAGUGGUACAGGAGGGGACACUCAGGCUGCCGAGGACCUUCUGCUUGUGAAUAAACCUCUGACAGACUUAAUUAGCUUGCUUAUUCAGCUGCUUCCAAGUGAAGAUCCCGAGAUAUAUGAGGUUUCGUCAAGGUGCCUGUCUGUGUUAGUUCAGCUGUAUGGAGGAGACAAUGCAGACAGUAUGUCUCCAGAAAAUAUGGAGAGCUUUGCUGAAUUAUUGAAGUCCAAGAAGGAUCCCAAGGAACAAAAGCUACUAUUGAGAAUCGUAAAAAGACUGAUCACUUCAAACGAGAAGCACUUGGAAAGCCUGAGGAAGGAGGGAGCCAUCCUCAUCCACAUGCUGGAGGCCCUCACCCUGCCUAACAGCCCCCGGGACAGCACCGUCGUGUCUUUGGCUCAGGAAAUCCUCAAAAUAGUCGAAAGUUGAAGUGAGCCAGAAGUGAGCCAGACAGGCAACCGGAGGCCACCCUGGAGGGCCUGCGGCGCCCCCAUCACCGGAGCCCUCGUCCUCGGCCCACGGAGAAGGCCUGCAGGAAGUGUUUUACUCGUUUAUGGGGAGACCCAGCGACCCGCAAGGGCCGCCCGGCCUCGUCUACCCCACGGCCUGCACCAAUAAAGAGCCGCCUUGGCAAUGGCCUCCUCCCUGGCCUGAACCUCA